AUGGCGCGACGGCUGGUCAUUGGGACGACCAUGAUUGCCUUGGCGGUGGUCCUGACUGUGGGUCCCACGCGUGCCUGGGUAUGGGACGAAUCCAAGCCCUUUCAGCUUGCCUACGGAGGUAUCCUCAACAUGUUUGAUCACAACGUCAGCAAUCAGGACCCUGACAUCUUCCUGGCUGUGGACAAGGCAUUGAACUUUUUGGCCGAGACCCAAGGUUCUUUCUGUGCCAAGCCUGAGGGCAUCACCUAUUAUUUUACCUUGCGAUGGGAGUUGCCCGACGCUCCAGCUUACGGCCAAGAAGCACCACAUGGUCGUGUGGCCUACCAUCAUUUUACUGUCACUCGUGAUCGCGGUGAAAAGUACUCGGUGCUCUCGCACACGGCACAGUUUUCACACGAAGAGCUUCCUGACGUCGCCGAGCGAUCAUCAGUGCUGUGCGACGCCAACAAUUGGAGUCUGACGCAACAAUCUGAUCUCGGGUUCAGUCGCACGGUCAACGCGUGCCCAAGCUGGCCGAAUACUCCAACCAUGGUACUGGGCCACCAUGCUUGGCCGCAGCAAAAGAUUACCAGAGAUCUCAAACUUGUGAGCUACAAUAUCUGGAACGUCAACAAGUUCCAGGAUGACCCCUAUCUCAAAAGGAUGGAGCGCUUAACCUCGGAAAUUCACGAAGCCAACCCGGAUGUGAUUGCUUUUCAAGAAGAGUACAUCCUUCUCUCGCGUGAGAUUCACCGACCAGAUGAUGCACAUCAACGUGCCGUGCUCCGCGUCACCGUGCUGUCGCCGCAGCUGGGGCCUUUCCACGUUUUCGUCUCCCACUUUGCUCUUGACCAACGUGCGCGCCUCCGUGGGGCGGUUGAGACAUACGAGUUUAUUGACCGACACCAUGCCCCCGCCGCUUUCUGCGGCGAUCUCAACGCCGAGCCAGACUCACAAACUAUCCGCUAUACGGAUGAAGAAAACGAUCGGGAUUAUGGGUUGACGUUUGAUCGGUUGAAGGACAAGAUGGCCAAGCGUAUUGACUUUAUCUUCCUGAAACUGCGCAAUCAGGGACAUCAAGAGGAUGACUUUGAGCUGGACUCCAUCGAGCUUUUGCCAGAGUGA